AUGGCCACGCUCCCAGAGACCGAGAAAGAUGUCACGGCGGCGGAGGACGGCAGCAGCAAGGCCCUGACGGACGCCUGGGACUACCGCGGCCGCCCCGCCGUCCGAGCCACCUCCGGCGGGUGGUCCAGCGCCGCCAUGAUCCUGGGCGUGGAGCUGAACGAGCGGCUCACCACGCUUGGCAUCGCCGUGAACCUGGUCACCUACCUGACCGCCACCAUGCACCUCGGCAACGCCGCGUCCGCCAACGCCGUCACCAACUUCCUCGGCACCUCCUUCAUGCUCUGCCUCCUGGGCGGCUUCGUCGCCGACACCUACCUCGGCCGCUACCUCACCAUCGCCAUCUCCACGGCCGUCCAGGCAGCCGGCAUGGCCGUGCUCACCGUGUCCACCGCCGCCCCAGGCCUGCGCCCGCCCCGGUGCGCGGACCCGACCGGCGCCAGCGCCGCCUGCGUGGAGCCCAGCGGCACGCAGCUGGGCGUCCUCUACCUCGGCCUCUACCUCACGGCGCUCGGCACAGGCGGGCUCAAGUCGAGCGUGUCCGGGUUCGGGUCCGACCAGUUCGACGAGUCACACGGCGGCGAGCGGCGCCGCAUGGCGCGCUUCUUCAGCUGGUUCUUCUUCUUCAUCAGCCUGGGAUCCCUGCUCGCCGUCACCGUGCUCGUGUACGUCCAGGACAACCUGGGCCGCCGCUGGGGCUACGGCGUGUGCGUGGUGGCCAUCCUCGCCGGCCUCGGCGUGUUCCUCGCGGGAACCCCAAGGUACCGGUUCAAGAAGCUGGCGGGGAGCCCGCUGACGCAGAUCGCGGCCGUCACAGCGGCGGCCUGGAGGAAGCGCGCGCUGCCGCUGCCGGCCGACCCGGCCAUGCUCUACGACGUGGACGACGCGGCGGCCGCCGGCGAGGACGUGGAGGGGAAGACGAAGCUGCCGCACUCCAAGCAAUGCAGGUUCCUUGACCAGGCGGCGAUCGUGGAGGAGGAAAUAGAGUCCUCGUCGCCGUCGUCGGGGAAGAAGAGGAAGAAGAAGAGGUGGGCGGUGUGCACGGUGACGGAGGUGGAGGAGGUGAAGCAGGUGGUGCGGAUGCUGCCCACCUGGGCCACCACCAUCCUCUUCUGGACCGUUUACGCGCAGAUGACCACCUUCUCCGUCUCCCAGGCGCAGGCCAUGGACCGCCGCAUCGGCUCCUUCCUCGUCCCCGCCGGCUCCCUCACCGUCUUCUUCGUCGGCUCCAUCCUCCUCACCGUGCCCCUCUACGACCGCUUCCUCGUGCCCGUCGCCCGCCGCUUCACCGGCAACCCUCACGGCCUCUCCUCGCUCCAGCGCAUCUUCGUCGGCCUCCUCCUAGCCAUCCUCGCCAUGAUCGUCGCCGCGUUAACCGAGCGCCGCCGCAUCACCGCUGCCCACGCCGGCGUCCAGCUCUCCGUCUUCGUCAUCGUGCCGCAGUUUCUGCUGGUUGGUGCCGGCGAGGCGUUCACGUACAUCGGACAGCUAGACUUCUUCCUCCGCGAGUGCCCCAGGGACAUGAAGACCAUGAGCACUGGCCUCUUCCUCUCCACGCUCUCCCUCGGCUUCUUCCUCAGCUCCGGCCUCGUCAGCGUCGUGCACGCCGCGACCGGCUCCGGAGGCCGCAGACCCUGGCUCGCCGACGACAUCAACUGGGGCAGGCUCGACUACUUCUACUGGCUGCUCGCGGUCAUCAGCGCCGUUAAUCUCGGGGCGUUCGUCGCCGCAGCCAGGGGCUACGAGUACAAGGAGAAGCGCCUGGCGGACGCCGGCAUUAAGAUCGAUGAUGACGAGGUCACCGUUCAUGUAUGA